CAUUGUAAGGUUAUAAUUAUACAAUUUGAUUAAAUAAAAGUUCGAAAAUUUGACUCGUUUCAUGAUUUUCGCUUAACAAAUCAAAAUGGCGACAAAAACGUUGACCUUUGUAACUGGAAACUCUAUGAAACUAGAAGAGCUUAGAGCAAUUUUAGGAACCACUUUCCCUUUGGAGAUAAACUGUCAUAUGCUUGAUCUGCCAGAGGUGCAAGGGGAUAUGGAGGAGAUCUCAAUAAGGAAAUGUCAAGAGGCUGCAAGGCGUCUGAAAGGCCCCGUAUUGGUGGAAGACACCUCGCUCUGUUUUAAUGCUUUAAAAGGUCUUCCUGGACCGUACAUAAAGUGGUUUUCAGAGAAAUUGGAACCAGAAGCGCUGCCGAGAUUGCUAGCUGGAUGGGAAGACAAGUCCGCUGAGGCGGUAUCUACCGUUGCUUACUGCGAUGGAGACAAUCACUGCGAAGAUCUUGAAGUAUUGGUAUUCCAAGGGAGAUGUGAAGGAGAAAUAGUGUCGCCUAGAGGCAGCAGGAAUUUCAGUUGGAACUGUGUUUUCCAACCACAGGGCUGUGACAAAACUUAUGGAGAGUUAACAAUAGAAGAAAAGAAUAAAAUCUCUCAUAGGUACAAAGCGUUGGAAAAACUUAGAACAUAUUUUAUUGAAAAGGAUUGUACCUGUGGCUAAGUGAGAGAAGAUUUCAGGAUAUAGUUAACUCAAUCAUGCAGAAUAUAACAUUAACAUGUAAUAGAACAUAGGGCACUUUUUAACCCGAAAAUGAGCGGAACUCCAGAACGCAGCAAUGAAAUUAAAACACAAAGAUCAAUUUAAAUUAAUAACUUCGCUUUAAAUUUGUUUUCACGAGCCGUGUCAGUAAAUUGUUAAGUAGAUUAUUUGUUAAUGGAAAAUGCGGCAUGUGGCGUGAAAAUUAAAA